AUGUCUCUAGAUUUCGUGAAUACCUACUCGCAGCUCAUCAAUUUGUCCGCAGACGCUGACCCAAGCACCUUCUACUCAACUGAGGAUUACCGCAAACUCCAGACCCUUGGCCCCAGUCUUCCUACUCUUUCUUAUCCUUUCCCAUCGGCUGAAGCCAAUUUGGUUGGGGAGAGCACAAUUGAUGUCAAGUUGAAGUCCAUCAGACCACCCUUCAAAUUUACAACAGAGUUGAAGGCUAUCCCAGGCUCGCUGUCCAUCUACAAGCUUAAAAAUCAAUUAAUAGAUGAAGUGGUCUCUUUAAAGGAGGCCGGCAUCUGUGCUUCAAACUUAAAGUUCAUGAUCAAGUCUAAGAUUCUUACCGACACGACUACAAUUGGACUGUUGGGAGAUGAAGUGUCUAUUACAGUUAUGAUCACGCAGCCAUCGCAUAAUGAUACCUCGAAAUUGCUGUCGGAUCCUGAGCCAGAGUUGGAAGCACCUAAAUCGAUUUCAAAAGGAGCUUGGGACAAAAUUGAGAGUGUGUUGAGCGCCGACCUAGGUCCUGAGGCUGCUAAGAUUGCAGUUUCUAAGUUCAAACAGGUUUCUAUCUAG